GAAAAAAAAACACCAAAAUCUCCGGAACCAGCACAGGGCAAAACAAUGGCUCUGGAAUGGACAAUCUUAGCCUACGCCACAGCGGCUGAAGCGAUCAUGGUCAUCCUCUUGACGAUGCCAGGGCCAAACUUUCUCCGCAAGGGAUUAGCCGUGGUCACUCGCCGUCUCUUGAAACUGUUGUUGGCGAUAAUCCCAUUCUGUGUAUUCCUCCUCAUGGAUAUCUACUGGAAGUACGAGACUAGAAUAUCAUGCGAUGGAGAUUCCUGCACCGUUUCGGAGCUUCUCCAUUACCAGAAAUCUAUCUUCAAGUCUCAACGUAACUUCCUCCUCAUCGCUUUGGCUCUCGGUUUUUACUGGAUUCUUUACCGCGUUUCGAGUAUGGUCUUCAAGAUCGAGAAGCUUAACCAGCGGGUCCACAGGCUCAGGAGGGACAGUAGAUAAAGCCCAGCGUCUUUAUUGUCUCAGGUCAUUUUAAUUUGUGCUGUUUGCAAGAGUCUCUUUCUUUAUGUCGUUUAGGUUUUUAGGGUU